AAUAUUUUUAUUAUUGUAAUGUCUGCUAACGUCGAUCUGAAGGUGAUGUGUACUGCUGAUUUCCCCUAUGAAUAAACAAAAAUUAUUGGGCUACAAAGAAUGCUUCUUUCUAAUAACAGCAGCGGAAUUCUAGAAAAUUAACCUCUAUCUUAUUGGAUUUUUAAAAAAUGAUAUUUGAAGCUUAUGAAGUCAGAAGAACCCAAUAAAAUAGCUUACUAUGUUGGAAGAGACUGCCACUGAAAAUGGCAAGUAGGAACAUUGCCAGUAUGCAUCUGUUCCUGGAGAUGAAGACAAAAUUUCCUGAUUUGCCAGAAGAAUUGUUAAGGAAUCAUGUGCCACUUUAUGCACAAGAUCAAAAUAAGUGUAUCAACCUUCUGCAAAAGCAGAGCAAAAGUCACUUUCACUCCAGUCAACCAUUUUCAGAUAUCCAUUCAUCUGAUAAGAAAACAAAAUCAAAGAAAAAUGUUAUUGUAGAUUUGAACUCUAAUCAAGAGAUCAAAACUUCCAAUUUGAAUGCCAUUAUCAGGCAGAACAACAAUAGCAAUCAAGAAUAUAUUGAAAUAGAGAAACAUAAUGUUUCAUCUCAAGCAUCAGAUACAAAAGUUUCUCAUAAAAGUGAACUCCAACUACCUAAAAAUCCCCUAUCCAAAUCACCAAAAGAAUCUUUCAAACCUGAAGUCAAAUCAGCUCCAGUUGUUUCAAAUCAUGAUAGACCAUUUAAAGAUAUCUAUAAAAAUAUGCCAGUUUCUAGUCAUACAAUAAUGUGCCAUAUGCCCAUUGAUAAAAAAACUGACAAUCGUAUGAUGUUUUCUACAACAAAGGAACACACAGUUCUACCUGUAGAAUCACCAAGAUCAAAAGAAUCUUCUAGUGCAUCAAAUUACUCUGAAAUUCAGCCUUCUAAAGGGCAUGCUGUAAGUUUGAGUAUAACUCCUUCAUUCCCAUUUGCACAACAACAAUUGAAUGUCUAUGGCAGUUCUGUGUGCACAACUGCUUCUCAUUCUUCAAGACCUGGUCGUCACACUACUUCAUUAAAUCUUCAAUUGCAGCCUCAAUCUUCUGAUGCAUGUCCAGUUGAAAUAUCAACCAUUCCUACUAAUGUUGGAAGCCCUUGCAAUUACAGAGAUUUUGGCUCCCAUCUUCAAAUAUCUGUUGGUUCUCAAGGUGCAACCUUCACAGCUCUGCGUCUGCAAAGACCACAUGUUUCUCCUACUCAGUCAUCAACAAAUCAACUUCCUGUAACAAGUCAAGCUUCCUUCAAUGUUUCUCACUCAUCUAGUCAUGCUCAGGAUUCUAAUGAAUCAAAGUUUCCUACUCAUUUUCAACAAGUUUCCAAUUCUGUUAAAGAGAAUCUUGAACUUUUUGAUACUGUUGAUAAAAACUUUUCAAAAGGAGUUAUUGAUAAAGAUCAUUGUAUCAAUGAUAUUAAUCAUAAUUUAAAAUCUGAAGAAAAAAUCUCAAGUAAAAAUUUAAACAUGGAAACAAAUUUCCUUCAUGGCUAUCAAGCAUCGCCUAAUUAUAUUCUUGAUGUUAAGAAUCAUCAGAAAGCUCGACUGAAUUCAGUUCAAGAAGAAUUAAACAAAGAAAAGGCCAUAUGCUCAGAUUUGAAAUUUGAAAUAAAUAAAUUAGAACAAGAAAUUGAAAGAAGACAACAUGCUGAAAAGAACUCAUUUUCAUAUGCAGAAAUGUUAAAAAAAUUGAAGGAGGAAAAUAGAAAACUUGCUCUAGAAUGCAAUAAUUUAAUUAUGGAAUAUGAUCUUUGUAGUAAAGAUCAGACUCCUAUUAGUGCCACAGAUGAAGAUUUUUAUUCAAACAUAUUUACGGGACCAAAUGAUGGCUUGACUUGUAAGUCAGGGAAAAGUAAGAAACAUGAUUCGCAAUCUCAAGACAAAUCAAAGUCUGAAGAUGAUGAAAAUAGUUCGUGGAAAUGUAAAAGUUGUACUUUUGUUAAUCAUCCAGCCUUAGAAAAAUGUGAGAUGUGCGAACUUCCAAAAGGCUUUGGUUAUGCAAAGUAUAACUCAAAUUAUUCCACAACAUCACACUUGCGGCUUAUGCCCUCAACAGAGGGUCAACCUCGAAGAGCCGUGGGUAGUGUCCAAAUAAAAGUUACAAGACGAAUACCUUCUAAUUCUAAAAGUGUUAAAUUACAACUGACUCAUAGAAUGCCUAGAUAGUAUUUCUUGUUCAUUAUAAAUUUCAGUGAAAUAUGUAAUUGUAAAAUAUUGUAUGAAAUUAUCUUUCAUACAUGUCUGCUUAAUUCUAGUCUGCUUAAUUCUAGUCUGGAGGCUAUAUUUAUAGCUGUGAUAUAGGAUGAUUUUUGCUUAGUAUUAAUUUUGAAGUUUAAUUUCUAAUCACA